AUGGCUAAAGCUGUGAAGAAACAGAAAAAAACGUUAAAACCAAUUACCAAAGUUAUUACCAUAAACUUAAGCAAAUUGACACAUGAUGUGUGCUAUAAGAGAAAGGCCCCGAGAGCCAUUAAGGAGAUAAGAAAUAUAGCAGGAAAGCUGAUGCACACAAAGGACGUACGUUUAGACGUAAAAUUAAAUAAAUUUAUUUGGUCAAAGGGUAUUAGGAAUCCACCAAAAAGAGUUCGAGUAAAAAUAGAAAGAAAGAGAAAUGAAGAUGAAGAUUUGAAAGAGAAAAUGUACACUGUCGUCCAGCAUGUAAUGGUCGAUUCGUACAAGGGCUUAGUUCAUGAGUGUGAAGCAAACGAAUAG